AUGUUUCUAUUCAUAUUCUACGCCAGUGAUAUGACACAGAAAUAUCGUGGAAUACUUGGUCUACUUAUCUUCCUCAUUCUCAUUACAAUUUGUAAAACCCAGCAGUUAUCAACAAUGAGAAGUGAUUUUGAUACAAUCAGUUCACGUUUGAUUGGUAAUCGCUAUCUAACGAUAUCAGCCCAAAAUGAUUAUUCUUUUUUUCGUGUUGCAUUCGCUCCAUAUGGCCCUGAAAAUACGUGUUUUUAUUCAUAUCGAUCUACACAAGAUUUUGUUCUAAGUAUUGCUAUUGGUCAAAAUCAAACAUAUUUUGUUUACAUACGUACAAAUGACAAUGAUACAACAACUUUCGAAAUCGGUGUAUCUUAUAUAAACAAAACAAAGUGUUUACAAACUCGAGGAAAUACUGAAGAAUUUCCUGUAACACCAGUCACAUUUCCUUCUUAUGUAGUUGAUAACAUAGUAUUGAAAGUUGAUCCAGCCGGUGAAUAUGCAUAUGUCUUUUUAAGAGAAAAUAUAUUUAUAUAUGAUAUUCAUAAUGGAACUUUAAUCAAUAUACCGUGGAGUAACGUUUUACCUAAUGAAACUCGUUUCUUCCCGAAAGAUGCUGAUAUCACUGUAACUAAAGAUGGUAUGUCUUUAUGUUUAUUAGCUAACUAUUAUCCCGUAUCAACAUCAUCACGCGUACCGAUUGUUUAUCUACUUCAUCUUGAACCUCCAUCGAAAAUAACUGUCCUGGAUCAAUUAAUACUCAUCAAUGAUAGUUUUGCUAGUUUCUCUUUUACUUAUGGAUAUUUUUAUGAAUAUAUUAUGUCAAUAUCAAUUGAACAUCAAACUCAACAAAUUCUCGUUGCAUUACCUUUUUUUCGUCGAACAUUCCUAUUGAAAUUUAAUGCUACAAAUUUAAUAUUAAUCGAUUCAAUUUCAUCACAAGCAAGAUCAGUUGGGUGGAUUGAUAAUGGAACACAAGCUAUUUUAUUAAUAAACAGUAUUCCGACAUUACCAUGGGCAUCAUCACAACUUCACAUUAUUGAUACAACAACGAUGAACGUACAAAGUGCUAUUCCAAAUAAUCAACAAAGUAUCCCAGUUCAAUCUGGUCAAAAAAUAACGAGUUUUAAUCGUCUAAUUGUUAUUCAAGGUGAACCAAUUAUUUUCACCGCCGAUGGACUUGUUCUCUAUGUUCCGGCAUCACCAAUUGAUCAUUAUAUUGAAGUCACUCAAAUAACAGAAUCUAUAUCUCAAAUAAAACCAUGUCCAUCGGGAACUUGGAAGAAUCGUAUUGGUCCGUAUUUAUGUACAGUUUGUCCAACAGGAUUUAAAAAAAUGCUUUCAAAUAAUUCUGUAUCUGAAUGUCAACCUUGUUUACCUACAUCGUAUUGUCCACUUGCGUCAGUAAAUGAUGUUAAUCAAUCGUAUUAUCCAUCCAUCAAUCAAGGAUAUCCUUAUCCCAAUUCUCCUCCAAGCGAUAAUUACGAUGAUAUUAUUAUACAAAAUACAUUUCAAAUAAGUUCAUCGAGCGGUCAUUGUCUUGUUGUUUCUCCAUUAUUUUGGACUUUACUUGUUUUUGGUAUAAUUGGAGUCAUUCUAUGUAUCAUGGGUAUUCUUUAUUGGAUACCGAAUGGUAGAAAACAUUUUACAUGGUUGAAGAAAUUGUUUCAACGAACGGAUAUUGUUGGAGAAGGUGAAUUAUGGUUUGGUGGUUUAGCGUCAUUUGCAUUAAUUGUCUUAAUUAUAUUUGGAUUUUGGUUUGGAUCCGUUUAUAUAAAACAAUAUCCUAUUGAAAAAGUGGAUGGUACAUUUUUUACAUGUGAUUCAUCGUUAAAGAAUGCAAAAUUUUCGUCAACUUUACAUUUGUUAGCGUUGCUAAAAGCACCGGAGGAAAAAACAAUUUUCCAAUUAUUAGAUCAACAAAAUUGGACUUUAGUUGUCGAUUUUGUUCAAACUGGUUUUACCUGUCAAGAUAUUCUUGUUCAAGGAAAUAUCGAAUCGUAUCAAAUUAUUCUUCCAGUAGCAAAAUGUUUUCUUCAAUCGGAUAAUGCUACACUUACUCUUGUUAUUCCAUUAACAACUCAUCUCAUUGAUGUACAAUUUAAUCUAACAGGAAAUUCUUAUGUUGGUGCAAGUCGGAUAUGUGUUUUAGGACCAUCGAUGAAUCAUAGUGCAAGUUAUUCAUCGAUUCAACAACUAUCAUUUUGUGAGAUGAUUUCAAAUGAUGAUCAAACAAUUUCUCAACAUACGAGUGUACAACUUGACUUUACAAAAGUUAUUAAUCGAACGGAAAGUCUUUAUGAUAAUGAUCCAGUUGUUUUCAGCGGAAUUUGGAUUCCUACAGUUACAAUUAAAUCCUUCAAUGAUCGAAUUGCUUAUGAACAACAAGGAGAUUAUAUUCGAUAUUUAUCAUCUCGACAAAUUCUUUCAAUUGAUUUCAGUGAAACACAAUUUUACAUUAGAAAUAUUCAAGAACCAAUAGCAAAAUCGGGCGAAAUCAUUUUUCAUAAUAUUCUUUUUUCAACUGUUUGCAUUGAAUUAUUUGGUUUAGCAUAUUUAUUAUUUAAAUUGGUUUUAUUUCCAGCGGUUCAUUGGAUUUUCAUUAAAAUUAUGAAUCGAUAUUCAAGUAAAACUUCUUCUAAAACAAUAUUUUAA